UAGAAAGAAAAGCGCAGAAGUGUCCAACCUCUCUCUUUCUCUCUCUCCCCUUCUUGACUUUUCUUCAUCGUCACUCAUUCCCUAAACUCUUGCCAUCAUUUUAGGACACCCCAUUAGGCCCAAACAUCAAAGAACUCAGCCAUCUCCCCUCACUCACGGGUAGUCUGGCAAAAUCUUGACAUGGAGGGAUUCAACCUGGUGCUCUCAUCCAACUUUUAUCAUCAACUGUGUCAUGUAUUGAAUUGGUGAAUUGCAUUUACAAGGAAAGCUGCAGAACUUCUUGGUUAUAAAGCGUGAUGGAGGAAAGGAAAUUAAAUUUCAAUGCACCACUUUUAUCUGUGAGGCGGUUUUCUGCAACAUCUGCCUUUUCAGAUAGAGAUAAGCAGAAGAUAGUUGAAAAUCCUUGUCCCAAUAGACGACAUACUCUCCCCUUCUAUAACUCCGAUGUGAGUUUGGAUCAGGUAACAGAACCUGUUGCAGUUCCUUUUGUCUGGGAGCAGAUCCCUGGGAAAGCUAAAGGUGGCAUUGAGCAUGAAUCUCAGCCUAAUAAGGAGGCUUCUGGUACUCCUAGGCUACCACCAGGGAGGGUUUUGGAUAUCUUGAAGUAUACUGUGGAGAAGGAAUUCGAAAAUCAGAAUGUGGUUAGGCCCCGAAGUGAAAUAUAUUCUCUAAAUGAUAAUGUGACUAAGUUAGACUCUUCCAACGAGGGAAUAAAUGAGAAAUGCAUCUCAGAGUCAGAGACUGAUGAUGAUGCUUAUUCUGAUGCGCUUGAUACCUUGUCCCCAACAGAUUCAUUAUCCAUGAAUUGUAGUAUAAGUGGUCUAAGUGGAUCAAGUGGCCUGGUUGCAAAACCGUCAGGUACCUUCUCUACAGAUCCACAAACUCGUGAUUUCAUGAUGAGUCGCUUUUUACCUGCCGCCAAGGCAAUGACUCUGGAGAUGCCACAGUAUGCUUCCAGGAAGCAAUCUGUGGCACCUGCACUACCCAGAGAGGAUAAGAAAGUGGUUGUUGGAGACAGGAAACCUCCUGUUAAUCAAUAUGAGUCAGUUAUCAUACCACAUUAUAAUCAGGAUGUAGAUGAAGAAGAAACAGAAGAUGAAUAUGAUGACUAUGAGGAUUCUGGCAAUUUAUCAAGAAAAGCCUGUGGGUUGUUGCCUCGAUUAAGCUUUAAGAACUCUCUGUGCCUCUUAAAUCCUGUGCCAGGAUUAAAAGUAAGGACCCAUUCUUCAAUGCCUUCAACUCGUGAGGUUGCAAAACCAAGCAAAGCUACCUACAUGAAGUCUCACAGCCAAAUUAUUGAGAAGCAUGCUUGGGAUGCUGUUCACAAGAACAAAUCAGAUAGUGGAGUUCAAUCCCCCCAGCCUCAAGAGAACAAAUCAGAUACAGGAGUUCAAUCCCCCAGGCUCCCAGAGAACAAACUGAGUGGUGGAGUUCAGUCCCCUAGGCUUCCAGAGAUUGGGAAAAAGAUGACAUGUGGAUCAAAUCAGUUUACCAACUCAGGUGACCAGCAGAUAGUGAAUAGGUCACCUCCCAAAAGGCUUCCAGGUAGUGCUCGCAUUUCUCCCUACCGUAGAGAGAGACCUCAAUCUCCCUUUCGUGGCGGGGGGUUUCUUGGCAUGCCCAAAGAAGCUGAGAAAUUCAAAGCCAAUACGUUAAUUAAGUAUACCAAAAGCAAUAACAACUCACAGGAAUUAGUACCCUAUCAGAGCACCAGGCAAGGGUCAGGUGCUCUAAGCCCUGCAGUUGAGAAGACAUUGUAUGUAGAUACUGUAAAUUUUGCUAAAAUUGCAAGUUCAAAUUCUGAUUCCUCAGAUACCAAAGCCCCAAUGGAUUCCAUGGGAAAGCAUUCUGAUACAUUACUAGUGAACAGAAUGCUGGAAGAAUCUGCUACUGUGGAAUCUUCUCUUCAAGAUAUAAAAUGCCUGAACCUUUUGGAUGGAAAGGACAUAUCAAAAUAUGAAAUCACAGGGUCAGUGUAUUCCAGUCGAUCUUCUUUCUCUGACAAACCCGAUCUCAAAGGUCAAGCAGAAAUGAUGGAUUGCUUCAGACAGAAUGGAGGACUGAAUAAGUCCUUAGGGCGUAUAAAAGUUAGAGCUGAUCGAAGUCUAACUCUUAGUGCUAAUGGUGAUGUGAGAGAAGCUGAUCAAGAAGAAAAUAAUGCUGGUUCUGAUUGCUCUCCUCUUCCCCCUCCUUUACCAAAAACACCAUCUGAGUCUUGGCUUUGGUGUGCACUGCCUUCGGUUACAUCAAGAAAUUCAUUUUCGCAGUCUUACAAUGGCACUCGGUUUAAUCCUAAAAAAGAGGAACCUAAGGUAUCAGCUACUGAUACCAAGUGGGAAACAAUUGUCAAAACUUCUUACUUGCAUCAUGAUCACGUCCGCUAUUCUGAGGAAUUAGUAACUCACUUUUCUCAGCAAUCCAAAACUUAAAAAUGCAGAGGGCAUCAUUGAAUUCCUUGGACUGGUGCCUUUGUUUCAGCAGUUUUGGUUCAACAUGGUCAGAGCUGAUUAAGAUUUUGCUGCAGCCUACCAUUUUUUUUUUAUUCGUUCUUCCAGGAGUUUCUCCUUCCAGUUUCCUUGUAUCUUUAUGCUAGGCAGGUGGAUUUGUUAGCUCUUGUUGUUGUAUAAGCUUGUAAGUUCAUUUCCUUUUUCUUUUUCCUGCAUCAGCCAUCACUGCAGGCUGAGGCAUUGUUACAUUAAAGUCAGAUUCAAAUCUUUGUAACGACCACAAAUAUAUUUUUAAACUUUUAAGUCUUGUGGUUCCUGUGGUGUUCGUGUUACACAGGAGUCAAGAUACUGUUGUGAAAAAUUAAUGGAUAUAAAAGGCUUAUCUGAUAUAUA